UUGUUGCCGAACUGCCAACACCUUAUGUGAAUUCGCCUUGCCAGCACACGUGCAGAAAACAAACUCUCUCAAUUAGCAAAGUUUCAAAAAAAAUAAAGUUUUUUUUUAUUAAAAUUAAUAAUAUAUUUAAUAAAAAUGGAUGCCCAUGAUUUAUUUCGCCAGUUGACAAGAGGCGUGAGAUUUACCAAAAGAAAUAAAACACAACAAAAGCAGCCACAAACCUUAGAAGCACCUAAAAAACUCGAGGACGAUAUAAAAAUCAAGGAUGAAGGCAUAGCUACUGAUGAAGACGACACUAUGCAAGACCUAGAAGACCAAGAAUCAAAUAGCUCUUCCGUUGGAAUACAAAUGGAGGAAGAAGUUGAGGAUGAACCACAAACAUUUGAAUUUAUUUCCGGCGUUAGCACUAGUUCCAAAAAAUCCAAAAAGAAAACCAAACCCUUAACACCGGAACAACAGGAAAAACUAAUGGAGGAAGAAAUGAUACAAACAAUACGUAAAGAAAAUCGUAUCACCGUAUUGGGUAAAAAUUUACCGCCACCUAUUUCAUCGUUCGAGGAACUACACACCAAUUAUAAUAUGAGCGAGAAAUUAGUACAAAAUCUAGUGAAUUGUAAUUAUGCCAAACCGACUGCUGUACAAAUGCAAGCUAUUCCUAUCAUGCUUAAAGGUAGACCCUUAAUGGCUUGCGCUCCCACUGGUUCGGGUAAAACUAUAGCAUUCUUGGCUCCAGUUAUUAAUGAUUUAAAAGCGCCCAAAAAAGUAGGUUUUCGUGCUUUAGUUUUAGCGCCCACCCGUGAAUUGGCACAACAAAUCUAUCGUGAAUGCAUACGUCUCUCGGAGAAGACAGCUCUAAAAAUACAUAUCAUUAGUAAGGUCAAUCAGGCAAAGGCAAAGUUUGGUGAAAAUUCAUCCAAAAAGUUUGAUAUUUUAGUUUCUACCCCCAAUAGAGUAAGAUUUUUAUUGCAACAAGAGCCACCAUUAUUGGAUUUAAAGAGUAUUGAAUGGUUUAUUCUUGAUGAAGCUGAUCGUUUGAUGGAAGAGGGUCAAAAUAAUUUCAAAGAACAAUUAGAUGAUAUUUUAGCAGCCUGUACAAAUCCCCACAAAAAGCUUGCGCUGUUUAGUGCCACCUACACAGUACCUGUGGCCAAGUGGGCAUUAAAGAAUCUUAAAAAUUUAGCUCGUGUUAAUGUGGGUGCUCAAAAUGCUGCAACUGAAUAUGUGGAACAAGAAUUAUUGUUUGUGGGUUCAGAGAGUGGCAAACUUUUGGCUGUACGUGAUAUGGUGAGAAAUGGUCUGAAACCUCCAGUGCUGGUGUUUGUACAAAGUAAGGACCGUGCUAAACAGUUGUUCGAGGAACUUUUAUACGAUGGCAUAAAUGUCGAUGUUAUACAUGCCGAUCGUACCCAACAACAGCGUGAUAACUGUGUCAGAGCUUUCCGUGAAGGGCAUAUAUGGAUAUUAAUAUGUACAGAACUUAUGGGACGUGGUAUUGAUUUUAAAGGUGUUAAUCUGGUAAUAAACUAUGAUUUUCCACCGUCCACCAUAUCAUAUAUACAUCGUAUAGGCCGUACUGGUAGAGCGGGUAGACCAGGAAAAGCCAUAACAUUCUUUACACAAGACGAUACACCUCAUUUAAGAAGCAUUGCUGAAAUUAUUCGAAAUUCUGGUGGCAAGGUGCCCGAAUUCAUGUUAAACAUGAAAAAAGCCAAAAAAUCAGAGAAAAAGAAAUUAGCCAAUUUUGCUCCCAAACGUGAAGAUAUAUCCACUAAAAUCAAACCUGAACAAGAAAGGCAAGAUAAAUUGGAUAAAGUAGAAAAGGUAAUAAAAAAGAAACAAAAAUCAGUUAAAAACACUCAAGAGCAGAGUAAUGAAAAUAAUAAAAAAUUAAAGAAAAUACAAAAAUUAAAAAAUACAAAUUCGUCUCCAAAACAAAAUAACAAUAAGAAAUCAAAAAAUCUAAAACAAAAUAAAACUAAGAAAUCUAAGCUAAAAUCCCAAUAGUUAUAUUUAUACUGAAACCAAUUAAGUAAAAUAAUAUUCGUUGUUUAACAUUUCAUAGUUUUUAUAUAUAUUUUAUAUAUAGUUACGUUUUUUAAAGCUAUAACAAUACAAAAAUUCAUUAUCUUAUAUUGUUUAUAAUAAAUUCAUA